AUGUCUUUAUCCUUGCAGAAGACCGUGAUCAAGGUCAACAGGCCUGGCUAUAAACUGCAUAAACAGCACUACGCUGAGCGCAUAACCUGGGCUCCAGUGGGGAGCGUAUCAUAUCCGCCAGGCCACACGGCGUCCUCAUCAUAUCAGGCAUCGCCGCCACUCGGGGACCAGCGAAGCCAGCACGGCUACCAUGAGAAGCCUGCUCCUCAGCAGCUGCCAAGCGCGUCUUCGAGCCCAUUGUUACAGACCCAUGAGGCCUCUCGCUCGGACCUCAUAUCCCAAUUCUCGGCGUCAAGGCCAGACACGCAUAAGAUGCAGGCCACAGCCAACUUCAGCAGCGACGAGAAUAUAUCUGUUGACGACGAGGACUAUGCCCUCUCACAUACAACCUAUGCAUCAGGUGCAUCCGCCGACGAAGACAUCUACAUCGACGGAUUUCAACCCGAAGUCUCACAAGCGGCAGGAGGAGGGCCUUCCCCCUCGUAUCUAACAGCCUCGGGGAGCCAAAGUCAGGUACAGAAGACCUCCGAGGACACUAUAUGGUGCUGCAAAAAGUGUCAGUCAAUGUUUGGCAGCAAGGCAGACAUGGAGUUGCACGAGGCAACGGCCAAAGGUCACAAAUCAAAGAGGGCCUUCCGUGACUCAUGCGGCAACGCGCUCUCGCGCGGGAACUCCCUCAAGCGCCACAAGGAGAACAGGCAUGACAUCGAUGAGGAACUAGUGCGUGAUGAGACGGGACAGGAAACCGAGCGAGGGUCAGGAAGAGGGCGAGGACGGGGUUCGGGGAGAGGACAGGCGCGAGGGCGAGGGAAGAGAUCAGUGUCGGGACGAGGGCAGGGACGGGCGCGAGGGCGAGGGCGAGGAAACGAGCUCUAG